GGUCAUUGUCUGGCUCGGGCACCCCCAAAAAACUGUCUGAAAACCUAACUUGACAGAUGUCUGUUCUUCCGUCUUCAACUCAAACACAGAAGUCUUCACGGAGCCGGAGGCAAGAUGGCCUCUCUGCCAGUUCCGGAUGGCAUAGAUCUCAAUGAGUCCAGGGCGACCAGCAUCAUUGGUGCUCUCAGUUGCACGUGGGCACUAGCAACCAUCGCCGUUGCGCUUCGGUUCCUCGCUCGACGAAUACAAUCCAAUAAGCUUUGGCUGGAGGAUUGGCUGAUCACUGUUUCCUUGACCGCAGCAGCUGUGCACGUUUUCAUAAGCAUAGGGUACAUGAUCCCUCAUGGUACCGGUAAACACAUUUGGGUUGCGCCACCCUCAGCGACAAGAGCGUGGGCGAUAGGUCUUUUCAUAUCAGAGGUUGCAUACACCGUGACUUUAUCAACAGUCAAGUGGUCGACAUUGGCGCUCUACUGGCGAAUUUUCAAUGCCCGUAAGAGCAUCAGAUAUUACAUUUGGGCUAUGGCCGGCAUCGUCUUGGCUUGGUUCAUUGCUGUCAUUCUCGUCACGAUUUUCCAAUGUCUCCCUGUCCAUGCGUUCUGGGCCCGCUAUGACACAGUGAAUUCCUUGUCGUCUGAUCAAUACACCUGCGGCGUGGACGUCAAAAUGUUCUUCAAGGGAAACUCUAUACCCAACAUUAUAACAGACGCGCUGGUGGUGUUGCUGCCCAUCCCCUACGUCUGGAAGCUACAACUGCACAAAGCCCAGAAGUUUGCCCUUGCGGGUAUUUUUGCGCUUGGUACUUUUGUUACUGUAGUCUCCAUGGCUCGGUUAAAUGUGAUUCUCUCGGUUGACCUCACGUCACCGGACAUCACUUGGAACUUCACCGACACCAUUAUCUGGACCAAUGUCGAAGCCAACACAGCUAUCAUUUGCGCUUGUCUCCCAUGCCUCAAACCAAUUCUCAACCUCGCGCUCAACGGAAGACUGAAAUCUUCGAUUAAAGCGAGUAAUCAAUACUCUGGCGGACAAUACAUACUCAACGACCGUACGAAGCCCAGCACUGCAAAUGGUUGCAACUACUUAGGAGGCUCUGGUACUGGGACCAUGCGGAAAGGGCUUGGUGGCGGUGCCGAGGACGAGCGCCCUUUUACUCGACUGAGUGAACGGGACUCUGAGCCGAGUAUCGAUGUCGUUAAUGACGACGGAGGCAGUGGGCAUGGAAGUUUGAGCAAAGGGGGAGGAAUUAUAAACACUCACGGCAAGAGCGGGAAUUCAGCUCCAUAGGCGUCAUCGCAGUCAGCUUCAAUGCAUAAGGUAGUAAGUAAAGAUCUGC